UUUGUCAUAAAUAAACCUUAUGGUAAGCCAUUAGUGGAUACUCUCCUUCCGGUAAAAUAAAAAUACGAAGCAAGAGGAAAAUAAUUUCAGUUGAAAAUUCAAGAAAAGCCACACAAACUUAUCCUAAAUUUAAGAGUAUGUUGUUGUCUUUUGAAAAUGCUUUCAAAGUUAUUACCUCACUUCUGGUCUACUGUUUCCUCAGGGGACAGUAUGUGCUUGUUCAUGCAUACCCUCCUUACCCCAUCUGUAACACGAAUAAUACACAUAACAACAGUCACUUCCCAACUCAAAAAAGUCUCGACAAUCUAUUCGACUCAUUAGCCUCAAAUGCUUCUGUUUCUAAAUUUUACAACACCUCCUCCGGCCAUGAUCUCGAUAAAGUCCACGGCCUCUAUAUGUGCCUUGGCUACAUGACAAAUGAAGAGUGCAAGGAUUGCAUUAGCUUGGCCUCAAAACAUAUGGUGGACCGUUGUCCAAACUCAACAGAAGCGGUAAUAUGGGAAGAAAAGUGCCUUUUACGUUAUUCCAAUAAGAAUUUCUUAGGCACUGUGGAUGUUUCAGAAAAUUUAGACAAGCAUAAUGUCAUAAAUGCUUCAGAACCAAAAAAGUUUGGAUCUGCUGUGAAAGAGAUGUUAAGUGACUUGACUGAGAAGGCAGCUUUUGGUCAUUCGCCAAUCAAGUACUAUGAAGCUGACAAAAGAACUUACCAAAAUGAUAUUCUACAUGCUGUUGCUCAGUGUACUGAGGACUUAUCUCCAACCGGCUGUAAGACUUGCCUUAAGGCGGCCAUUGAAAAUGCUUCAACUUGCUGCAGUUCCUACAAUGGAGUACGAAUUUUGGGCAAGAGUUGCUUUUUAAGAUACGAGUUAUACAAUUUUUAUGAAGAUGAUUCUGAAACACCCCCGCAUGGGAUCGUAUUCGUGCCACCGAAGAAGAGAAGCAAAUGGCACACUAGGAUCACCAUAGUCUUCGUAGUUUCAGCUUUUUUAGCUGUGUUAGUCUUCGGUUUCUUUGUCUACUGUCUGAUAUUGAAAUUCGGAUCUCAAAACGGAAAGAGUGAUCAAGAAAUAACGUUACACAACAAGGGUGAGGCAAAUGGAAUGGAUAUCCUACAACAGCAUUUUCAAGCAUGGGAUGACCAGAAUGCGGGAGAGUUUCCAUAUAUUGAUCUGGCCACAAUUUAUGCGGCUACUGACAACUUUUCCGAGUCAAAUUUGCUUGGACAAGGUGGUUUUGGCCCUGUUUAUAAGGGUAAACUAAGUGAUGGACGAGAAGUUGCAGUGAAGAGGCUUUCUAGCUGUUCAGAACAAGGUUCAGAGGAGUUUACCAAUGAAGUUCUACUGAUAAUGAAACUUCAACACAAAAAUCUUGUGAGGCUUUUGGGUUUCUGCGUAAAUGGAGAAGAAAAGAUACUUUUGUAUGAAUACAUGCCCAACGGAAGUCUUGAUGUUCUUCUCUUUGAUCCUAGCAAACGUGCACAACUCAAUUGGAGCAAUCGCCUUAAUAUUGUAAGUGGAAUCGCAAAGGGUAUGCUUUAUCUCCAUGAGGAUUCCAGACUAAGAAUCAUUCAUAGGGACCUAAAAGCUAGCAAUGUGUUGUUGGAUAGUCACAUGAAUCCAAAGAUUUCAGACUUUGGGAUGGCAAGGAUUUUUCUAGGAACUGAAGGUGAAGCUAAUACGUGUAGACUCGUUGGAACAUACGGCUACAUGGCUCCUGAGUACGCAAUGGAGGGACUCUACUCAGUUAAAUCCGAUGUGUUUAGCUUUGGAGUUCUCCUGCUUGAGAUCAUUAUUGGGAAAAGGAGUGCUGGUUUCCAACAACCCAAACAGGCUCUAAGUCUCGUAGCAUAUGCAUGGAAGCUUUGGAACGAAGGAAAAGCACUUGAGUUAAUGGAUCCCUUGUUGACAGACUCGUGUUCUCCUGAUGAGUUUACCAGAUGCGUUUAUCUUGGACUGCUUUGUGUUCAGGAAGAUCCACAAGAGAGACCAACAAUGUCAUCUAUUGUGGUAAUGUUAAACAGUGGAAGUGAGACUCUUCGGCAACCUGAACGGCCAGCAUUUUCUUGGGGCUUAUCAAAUCAUUAUGAUGAAAUUAAUGUUGAUAGUUUGUCUAUCAGUGAUGUAACUAUCUCAAGUGUUUUACGUGAGUGGUCGAAUAAGAAGGCCUUCGGAGACAGUGCCUUUCAAGUACCUGAGCAACCGUUUGCAGGCUUCCCAAUGAACAGUAGUAGGAGCAUGAAUAAACUGAGACAAUUUGUUAAUGAUGUAAGCAACAUCAGGUCUAGUAAGGGUCAAAUAUUGCAGUGCGCCAAGAGUGCUUCUAUACAAGGUGUGAUCUUUAAACGGAGUACCUUCAGUAAGAGCAAGCUUAUGGGCACUACUAGUGGGACUAGCACAGCUUUUGGCACCAUCCAAGUGCACCUUGACAAGCAAAUCAGCUCAGCAACAGAGAACAUGGAAGUCGAAGAAGAAGCACUAGCAACUGGAUAUGGCAAAGGAGAGCCAUUUGAGGACUGCUCAGAUAAAGAAGUAGUAGACGAUGACAUAACUGGUGCAGCUGGUUCAACAGAUGCAGCAGAAACUGGAGGAUCUGCAACUGGUUCAGGAACAUCUGCAGUAGGGGCAACUGAUGCAGUACUAGAUGCAGAGAACAUGGUUAAAAUUACAAUUUCAUCAGCUGUGCUGUGUUCAGCUUUGGUUUUAGCCUUCUCUUUUCUUAACCCUGUUAAUCCAAACCCUCUCUUGUCAGACUGUAUUUCAACCACAGUAAGUAACACCAGCGCAUUUGAACACAACCUCAAGACCCUUCUAAAGUCCUUAAUUUCCAAUACACCAUUAACAGGUUACAACGACACCUCUUAUGGAGAUGGUUUAGACCAGGUUUAUGGCCAAGCGCUUUGCAGAGGAGAUGUUAACGCUUAUGACUGUCAAAAAUGCCUUGAGAGUGCAAGUGAAGGAAUCAUGAACAAGUGUCAAACAAAAGAAGCAAUCAUAUGGUAUGAAGUCUGUCAAAUUCACUUCUCUUCCCAUGAUUUUCGUAAGAUGCAGGUUUAUGCUGGAAAUAGACCAGACCAUGAUAAUCAAAGGAAGAAUGUGACGCAGCCAGAUCAAUUCAGAGAAACUUGGACUGAGUUGAUUAAAACUCUCUCUAAUGAGGCUAUAAAUGAUUCUAAUAGCACCAUGUUUAAAACCGGGGAUACUGAAUAUUCUAAGGGAAAGAUAUAUGGGCUUGUACAGUGCACCAGAGAUAUCUCUAAAAGCGACUGUAGAAUUUGUUUGACGUCUGCUUUGAAAGAUCUUCAGGGAUUCUUCCCUUCUCAAGAAGGUGGUAUCAUUUUAAGUAGUAGUUGCAAUAUAAGAUUUGAGAUCUUCCGUUUCUUUUACAGCCCAAGCUCCAAAGCAGAUGGGAACGUGAGACACCAGGGGAAGAAAAGGAAGGUUUUGUUGGUUGCUUCUUGCACAUCAUCACUGCUAGUGAUUCUGAUGUGUUCCCUUGCUGUUUAUCUUCAGAGGAAAAAGAAGCCAAAACAAGAUGAGGUAAAUAGUCAAAAUGCGUUACUGUCUUAUUCACUAAGCCCCAGAGCCAUCACCGUAGCAGGUAAAGAUGAUGACCUAGUCAGCACAGAGGACCUACCAUUCAUGGAUUUGGCCACUAUAACCGCUGCUACAGAUGGAUUUUCAAACUUAAAAAAGCUUGGACAGGGUGGGUUUGGCUCUGUUUAUAAGGGUGUUCUACCAGAUGGGAAGGAAGUGGCAGUUAAAAGGUUAUCAGGGAAGUCAUGGCAAGGUGAUGAAGAAUUCAAAAAUGAGCUCGUACUAAUAGCAAAGCUUCAACACCGAAACUUGGUUAGACUUUUGGGUUGUGCUGUGGAGGGACAAGAGAAGCUGCUUGUAUACGAGUUCAUGCCUAAUAACAGCCUUGAUAACUUUAUAUUUGAUUCAGAUAAGCGUGCCUUACUUGAUUGGAAGACUCGUUAUAACAUAAUAACUGGGAUUGCAAGAGGGCUUCUUUACCUUCAUGAAGACUCUAGAUUAAGAAUAAUUCAUAGAGAUUUAAAGCCAAGUAAUGUGUUGUUGGACAGUGAGAUGGUAGCCAAAAUCUCAGAUUUUGGUUUGGCAAGAAUCUUCUGCGAGGACCAAAACACGGCAAACACCAAAAGAGUUGUGGGAACAUAUGGAUACAUGGCCCCGGAAUAUGCAAUGGAUGGACAAUUCUCAGCAAAAUCAGAUGUUUUCAGCUUUGGUGUGAUCUUGCUUGAGAUCAUUAGUGGGAAGAAGAAUAACAGCUCUCACCUUUCUGAAAAGUCUCAGACACUCAUCAGAUAUGCGUGGCAACUAUGGAGGGAAGGGAAGGAGCUGGAGUUCGUGGACCCAGUGAUGAUGGAAUCAAGCCCAACCGAAGACCUUACAAGAUGUAUGCAUAUUGGGCUUUUGUGUGUGCAGGAAGAUCGAAACGACAGGCCCACCAUGUCGUCUGUGGUGGUUCUGUUGGGAAGUGGAACAGUAUCACUUCCCCAGCCAAGACAACCUGCUUUUUUUGUGCCAAAAGUUAUACAAAUCAACCAGUCUUCGUUAGCAAACCGUUCUGUAUCUGGUCUUACUGUUUCUAGUGUAUUUUCUAGUGCUUUGCCAUGACGAUGACGAUGACGAUGACAUACAAGUAUAUGAAUUAUGGAGAAUGUGAAAAAUCUGUGUCCUAACAUUAACAUAUAUAUUCGAUGAGUGCACUGCACGCAUUAAUUUCUCUUCACUUUAUUUUUCAUACAAGUAUUAUUGCUUGGGGGACCAAGUAAACAUGACUAUGAGUUUGUCAUAUAAUGCCAAUCAUUACUUAACUGUU